UGGUAUUAUGUCCAUUAAUGAAGUGUCUUUUAUCCAUGAGAACAAGGCAGGACGCAGUCCUUGUCCCCAUUAACUGCUUUGCUAUGUUCUGGUACUGCUCUGAUUUCUGUAGCCCCCACAAAAAAAAUCCCUAAGAAGACAGAAGAGUAUUUAUAUGUGGGAUUCUUACUCAUUAGCUUCCUGCUGACAAAGGUCAUGUGAUGGACAUGAAUCAGAAGCUACAGACGAGACUAUUUGCAGGGGCUCAGGCAGUCUCAUAUGUUUUUCUUGUCCAGAAUUUGUGAUGGCUGGUAGUGAGUGUAGGACCUGUUGCUGACCAAAAGUAUCUAAAUGCAUUUACAGCUAAGAGUUCUCAGCAGUAGUUUGAAGUGUUUGCCACCUGGUAGGAAGAAAUCAUAUAAGAGGAAAUUUCUUAUUCUUUUUUGCUGAGGAAAAGUUGUUACUUAUGCUGCCCUCUCCCCAAUGACACAUUGAUCUUCCCCCUGCUGUGAAACUCCACUAGCAGAUCUCAUUAGUGAAGUGAAAGAAAGUUUGUUCAUAGAUAUUCAGAAAUGUGGUGAAAUUAUCAAGCUUAAAAAAUAGUCAACAGUUCUAGGUGCAAUCUUUCCUUAAAGUAUGAAUGAAUGUAGUCUUAAAAACUGACACAGAAUGUACUUUUUAAAAUUAUUUUUAACAGAACAGAAGGCUUAAACAACUGAGGCUGGCACCUUUCACUUCCAUAUCACUGGGUUGAAUCCUAUUCAGGUUAGCAGUGAGAAGAAUUCUGGUUUCACAGUGGCAGGGUAGUGGCCUAUAUUGAAGGAGUUGUUCAUAGUUGGGGGAUGGUGGUAAUAAGUGAUACAGUCAUUAUUAACAUCCUUAUUGGCACUGUUUACUGAGCAGGAAAGUCAAACAGUCAAUGCAGAAAAGGAACGAGUUACACUGACCUCUAAAGUUUAUCCCUCCAAGUCAUUAUUCUUCUAGAUGAAUUGUUCUCUUGUACUUGUAAUAGACAUAAAUAAUAAGAUUCCAGUCUUAUAAGCUUUAUCAUGAUAAUGGAAAUAAAUGCACUUACUGUAAAAUACAGUGAAAGGUAGAUUUAUUCCUAUACCUUCAAUCUUUUCUAUUAAAUGUUUUAUUAAGGACGUAAUCCAUUCUAUUAAGUUUACAAAUACUAGGUUAAGAAAAAAUUAUUUGCAAGUAAUGUAUUUAUAAUUUCUUUAUAGGCUUUCUGAAAUUUUCUGACUACUAGUUACCCAUUUGUAUUGUGUUCUUUACAUAAUAACUUGAAAGGUCCUACUGAAUUUCAGUGAAUGUCAAUUGGAGAAGAGUCUUUCCUGAUGUCAGCAGCAAUUAAAGGCUGACCUAAAGAGUCAUAAAAUGUUUCAGGUUCCUUUAGAAUGCCUUGCCAGGGAAAUCAGGGCAGGUGAGCUCUGUGCUGCUGUUGUCUGCUCCUGUAAAUGCCUGUAGUAGUGUUAUCAGAAGAUACUGUCUUCCUUCUUCAAGAGAAUUUGAAAUUUUCUGCCUGAAGAAGUAAAUUGAGCCAUGUACUACUCAGCUGUUUCUCUAAUGGAAUUUCUGAGCACCUGAACAGUAGAAAAUAGAAGGCAGAGAGAGUUAGAUCAUGAGUGGUGUCCCUCAGGGCUCUGUCUUGGGAUCGGUGCUCUUCAGUACCUUCAACAAUGACACAGACAGCGGGAUCGAGUGCACCCUCUGCAACUUUACAGAUGGCAUGAAGCUGAGCAGUGCAGUUGGCACAACAGAAGGAUGGAAUGCCAUCCAGGGGGAUCUGGGCAAACUUGAGAGGUAGACCCACAAGAACCUCAUGAAAUUCAGCAAGUCCAAGUGCAAGGUCCUGCACCUGCAGGUCAGGGCAAUCCCAGACAUAAGCAUGGACUGGGAGAAGAGCUGGGAGAGCAGCCUUGCCGAGAAGGACUUGGUGGUGCUGGGAUGAAAGGCUGGACAUGAGCCAGCAGUGUGUGACCAGCAGAUCAAGGGAGGGGAUUCUCCCUCUCUACUCUGCUCUGCUGAGAGCCCACCUGGAGUGCUGCAUCCAGUGCUGGAGUCCUCUGCAAAAGAAGGGCAUGCACCUGUUAUAGCAGAGAAGGGCAGCAAAGAUGAUCAGAGGACUGAAAUACCUUUCCUGGGAAGACAGGCUGAUAGAGUUUGUGUUGUUCAGCCUGGAGAAGACUUCGUGGAGUUUUCCAGUCCAUAAAUGGAACUUAUAAAAAAAAGGAGAGUGACUUUUUAUGUGGACAGAUAGUGAUAAGACUAGGAGGAACAGUUUUAAACUGAAAGAGGGGAGACUUAGAUUAGACAUUACAAAGAAAUUCUUCACUGUGAGGAUGGAGAGGCACUAGAAGAGGUUUUCCAGAGAAGUUGUGGAUGCUCCUUGGCAGGGAGUUUGGAUCCUUAAAGUCACUUCUGACCCAAACUACUCUAAAAUUCUGUUAUAGGUCACCUGUUUCUGUGCCACUGGACCUCUCCCUCCAUGGAAGAAUCUCCCUCCAUGGAAGAAAAUAAGAGGUUUCUUAUUUCAAUAUUUGAAAUGGAUUCCCUAAAGAAAUAGGAAAAUUGUACAGAUGGAGAGAAUAUAAAUUUUUCAUAAACUUUGAAUUAGCUGGUCCUAGAUGUUCUUUAGGAAGUAUCUUAUUUUUGAUACACUGAACUCUAGCCUAGGAGCUAAAAGCUCUGAUAAAUUAUUGUUAGUUUACAGUAUUGGAAUGAGAAAUUUUCCUUCUGGGGUCAAAAUCUAAGUAUCACAUUUAUGUGUUUGGGUGUGGCGGAAUUGUCUGUGACCAACUCUUUGAACUACAUUCAGUCUCAAAGCUGAAAAGACACAGUCCUUAAGGAGUGAAUUUAUUGCUAUGUGUGAAGAAAAUAUAUGGAUUGAAGUGUUUAAUCUGGUUUUAGUUAAUAUUAUUAAUUUAUGGCAAGAAACCUUACUAAAAUAUGUUGAAAAAAUGCUUAGGAAUAGAUAAUGUAUCUAUAGAUCUCAAGCUCUAAGAAAAAACAACUUUGGAAGCUUCAUUUUGGCUGACAUAUUUCAAAUAGUAUGAAAUAAAUUGCUGGAGUCUCCAAAAAGACAAUUUCCAUAUAACAAACCAAAGAGGUUUCCUGAUAUUUUCUUCUUUUAAGAAACUGAAAAAUUCAGUGGGGAAAAUAAUUACAGAAACUCAACUGAGAUAUAGGUAGUGGCUGGAUAAAAAGAUACAGUAAAGUAUUACUCUGGAGAUAUUAUUAUGUCCUUUGCAACAGUUUAUCUGUAUUUCUGCUCUUAUAUUUUAUUUUGAAGAAAAAAGUAGUCUGUGCUGGCCCCCUUCUUGGGGGAAGUUCUUCUUCCAUACUUGUUUUGCAGCAGGAAUUAGGGAGUGAUGUUAGGGCAAAAAAUAAAACUGAACCUAACCAUGAAUUUUCUAGUGAAAGUGAGUGUUACAAUCCCCUGCACAGAGUGAUUAGGGUAUUGGAAAAACUCAAUGAUCCUACAUUAAAACACUUUUAGCUGUUCUGAUAUGUUCAGUGUCCUCCCUUCUUCCUCAAGGAAUUGCAGUAACUGAGUAAUGCUUUCCAAUACUUGACAACUAUUAGUCAGGACCUCACCAGGCUGCAUUUCAGAGCAUGAGAAAUGGUACUGGACACAAUUAACUCUAAUGCAGUUAAGAAUGCAUUUAUUAUUUAUUUUUUUAAAAUAUUAAAUUUACAACUUCCUUGUAGGAUCAUUUCAUGAGGUCUCUGAACUGGCAUCAUUACUAACAUUGAGACAAAUUGGGUCUCUAAUCCUGUGAACAGCUCAAUGGCUCUCAUGCAUAAAGUUGGUUUGUGCACAUGUGUUGGAAAGCCUUCAGCCCUGGCUGAUUGCCGUGUUCAUUCAUUCUGGAUAUAAUUAAACUGACUCAUCAACAUUUCCUGAUUAUGGAUGCUGUGUAGCCUCAUACUUUAUAUCUCUUCUUCAAAUUAGGCGUUUUGUACUGAAGUUCUAGCUCCAACCUCUAAAGCAAAACAAAGAAGGAGAUUUUUUUAACCAUCUUAAUUCACAGAUUACAAAAUAUUCACCAGAAGAGGCUCACCUGGAACUUCUGUGCUGUGGUCAACAAGAUGGAGAUAUGUUACUGCCUAAUGCCACAGGGAAGUUAAAGAAAUUAACUUGGUUUCUUGUAGAAGAAUAUCAAUAUUGAUGCAAAGAAUGUUAGUGUUAAUUAUUGCAACAUACACAUGUAUAUUAUGUUAUUAUAAACUUGCCUGGUUCUGAAAGUUUUUAAAUAUGUAGAGCUUAUAAAAACAAUUUAGGUGAUAACAUGCAACUUUUUUCCAUAAAUACAGCUCACAUUCAUCCACACUGGACCAUUUGAUGAAUUCUAAUCAUCAUGGUCUUGUUUACUUAUACUGUCAUUUCCUUUAAAAAUUCAUCAGUACUCUCAGUUGGAUUAUAAAAAUUACAGUAGUAAUUUUCAAUAGAAUUAAAAUGGAUUUUCCAGAGAUCAGCAUUUAUGUUGAAUUAUUAUUAAUUUUUAUUAAUAAUGGAAAAAAAUUAAUUCUAAUGUUGCAGAGCUGCGGAAAAUAAUAUAAUGGUUAAAUAUUGCAAUCCAAAGCAAUAUAUUGAUAAAACUAAUAGUCAAUUUUCCGGUUAAAGGCUAUACCUGCAUAAUCUCAUGUAAAAAUGAAGAAAAAAUAUUUACUUCUUGGCUCUUUCAGCUUCAAGAUUCCUGCAUAAAUUAAAAUUGUAGCUAACGGGGAAAACAUUUUGGUUAUUUCUGAGUUCUAAACUGAUCAGAAGUUUGCUUAGAGGAAUGUGAUUUUUAUUCUUAGUUUUAGAUGUGGUUAAGCUCAAAGCUGUUUACACGAACAAAAAAUUCUCAUUUCCAGAAGACUGACAUUAGUGGUAUUCAUUUGCUGGAAUUAAACUGCAGUGGUUAUUCCUGUGAAGCAGAACAUAAACUUCUGACCUCUGAUGCAUAGCCCUUGAGAUUCAAGGGCUAUGCCCCCUUCAAGGGCUAUGGAACCUGUCACAUAAGCUAAGCUGCUCUCUUCAAAUGCAAUGUUUGUAUUGUUCCUCAAGACAGAAUGAAAUGUAACCUUCAGGAAGACAUGAUGAGCUGCAUAAAUGUCACAAACUUUGAGGAAAGGUGAAUUAAAAUUAAAGACAUUAUUUUUCUCCUUGGAAAAUUAGUAACCUCAUACAGGCGAAGAAGCAAAAGGGAUAAUUGAGGGACAGUAGAAGUUUCCUGAGACUGAAUGUACAUUCAUGGUCAUGCAUGCUCAUGCAUAACCAAUGUCUUCUCAGAAAGUAUGGGAUAAAUUAUUUCUAUUCCAUGUUCUCCAAGAGUGGAAAGUUUCUUUCUACCACAGCUCAUUCACCAUUUAGUUCCUGCUCUCUUUGCAUGUCAGAAAUGUUGCUUCUGUUUCCUUCUAGAUCACCUAUUGUGCACCCCACAGUUUAUUGCCAGCAUUACUGGAUCUGGGAUGAACUUGCAUCUUUGCAAGGUCAUGCCUGUGGUAGUUUAGUUUCAUGAUAAUAUUCCAAACAAUCCUAUGACGAGAUACAGUAGAGAACUUAGAUGCUGAUUCAAACAAAUUACCUGUUGUUGAGUGUUAUUUAGUAGGAGUGUUUAUAAGGCAUAAUAAAUUUGUAGCAAGCUGAAAGGGAAAAGCCACAGGGGAUAUCAACAGAAAGUGUACUUUGAUUGUGGGCUGGAAAGAAAAUGACUUGGGAUGCUUUGAAGAAAGUGAACUGUAUAAAUGAGAAAAGGCUCAUGUGCAACCAGAGUGAAGUUCUGCCAAAUGUUUUUUCUCUGUACCUAUUUUUUUUCUAUGUAUACCUUUCUUGGGUAUUCCAUAGUCUAGAAACAUCGCAGAGCAUGUAAAUUCUCACACACUAGAUAUUUUUGUAACUUAAACUAAUAUUAGUUCUAUUAAUUGAAAUGAGUACUUGGAAUUUACUUCAAAUACUUUUAUUCUUUUUCCAAACUGCUAGCAUGUUUUCCUUUUUGGGGAACAUCCUCAGGCAAGCUAAGGGAAUUUCAAGGCACUGAUCUAUGGGAUUAGUUUUAGCUGGAAGUGGAAUAUGUGACUGAUUCCUGCAGCCAGUCCAAGAUUUUGAGGUUUUUUUGGAUCCCUCAAACUAAACUUUAGAUUGCAGAACCAGACCAGAGUUUGAAAGUUAAUUUUCAUCUCCGUGUUAGUUGGCACAAAAUUUACCAAGUGAAAGAUAAGGUAAUAAAAAUAUGUUAAAGAUACUUUGUCAGGUGUUAAUGAUAAAUUACUGCUUUGCAUUUAACAUCACUUAACCUGGAUAUUUCAGUUCUCUAUUUACAGAAUUGAGGUGCUGGGUUCCUGUAUGUCAGGUGAGCAUCUAAAGAUAAAGAGUAAGUAGAAAAGAAUUUCUGACAUCAAUAGAAAAAAAAGUAGUCUUUACACAAGGAUAACUAGUAGACAGAAUGCUGCUUCUGAUGUCCUUCAAAUUUUCCCCAGCAGUUACUUCAAGUGACCUAUUUGUCAUAGAAUUUUAACUUAACUAGUUAUUCUUCAAAUUUAAAAAAAAAUAUAGAUAAAAAUUAAUUGUAUGUUAUCACCCCAAUAACUCUUAUUUUGAUUACCAAAACACCAAAUACUUGGACAGCAGGAGUGAUGUCUGUUUCACCUGAUUGAAAAGACACAGUUCUUAAAAUGCCUGAUUAAUUCUAUAGGCAGUCAAAUUUCUGCUUUGGUGUCCACAGCAGCCUGUAUUUCAGCAAGGUGAAGGUAGAUAUGUUCCAGCUCAACCUCUUUGGGAUUCUUGCAUGAAUCAUCUCUGCUUUCCUUAGUCAAUUCCUUUCUUCUUCCUCAGAGUAGGUCCAGCAUAUCAAUAAAUAAAUGAGCUUCUCAGAAACAGCUAGCUAAGUGAUUUCCUUGAAAUGAGUAAUUGGAAGAAGAGAAUGUAGUGGGAAUGCUCUUCAAGACACGGCUGUUUACUCCUUCAAGAAGUGGAAAAAUUGGGGUUUAUGGUGGGAAGGGACCUCUGGAGGUCAUCUUGUCCAACUCCUGCUCAAGUAGGGUAAUAUAGAACCAUUUUCCCAACAUCAUGUCCAGAUGGGCCAGCUGUAAUUAAUAACACACACCCAGGGGAGCUGCUUAACAUGUCUGGAUUCUGGUUGGCAGUCCAGCUUCUGCACAUAAUAGUCUUGGACCUCUACACAGCACCAGGUAUCCCCCUCAAAAAUAACUAUUAUUUGCACUUGCUUUCUAAUUUAGAUGGUCAGCAGAAGCUGGUCUCAUUGGUCACAUCACCCCCACUCCAACAGCUUUGGCUCUCUCCAUGUCCAAAGCCAGUUAGCUGUUAUUAUCUAAAAGUUACACAAAUAUAAAUUAAAUUUGUUUGAGCUGCCUUAUUUCCUUUCUGUGCAUAUCUAAGCCCUCAGAGGCAGGGCAGAAGUAGUCCAGGGGUUUUAGAUUCUCUGUUCUUGGUUAUCUCAGCAAAUAAAAGAAUCACCUAGUAAGUUGCUAAUCUAAAGCUGAGCAGAUGAAAACUACAUCUCACUUAUCUGAGUGGUGCUUUCAGAUGGGUUUUACUCCAAAAUAAACAACUGAAAAAGAUAGAAAUUCACUGGAAAACUAUCCUUUUUUCAGCUGGGUGUUGCUGUGAAUGACCUUCCUCAUGUAAAAAUAUUUAAAAUUCAGAUUUUGCAGAUAUUAAGUGGCAAGGACCAAAUCAUCCCUAAGGAAAGAAAACUGAGUCAUUUUCAACAGCAAUGUACUUAAUGACAGUAUCUUUUCAGCAAUAAAUUCUGGGGGUUUAUGGCUUUAGGGGUUGGCAAAUUUUUCACUUUACACAUAAUAUCAUAGACCAUUACAACAUACUCAUCUGUAUUUAGAAUUUCAUGUUUAUCUAUGCUUUUGUUAAUAUAUUAUCUUCUGAACAUCAGCGAGUUGACUGAUCAACUCUGCAAGAAGACUAAUUAAUUUUUAUCACCUUACAAUUGUGUAAUAAAAUUGAGUUCAUAUUUGAGUAAUAAAGAAGUAUCUAUACUUUACUGUUAAGUAACAUUGAAUUUUAUUCAAAAAAACACUGUUUCAAGUGCUAAGGAGUGGGGAAAACUGAAUCAGGGAAGCUGAUAGUACCAAGAAUUCAAGUGAUUCCUUUCAGUCAGCUUUUCCACUUUAAAGCAUAUUUUCUAAGUUUUCACAUUUUUAACCUCUUAAUUCUAGACAAACUUUGUCAUCACAAUACAGUUGCAGGAUUUCUUUUUAAUUAUUCAGUUUCAAUAGAAUUAAACAACAUUUUUAUUUUGCUUUUAAGCAAAACAUGUAUAAUAUGAACAUGAUAAAAAUAAGUAUUUGUUUUUAGAGAGAGGUGGGAGAUAAUGAAUUAUUCCUUUCUCAUUGAGUAAGCUUUGAUUGUUUUGCAGCUCAUUGUUUUGGGCUCGCAGAACAGUUUGGGUCAGAAAGAACUUUCAAAGAUCAUCUAGUCCAACCCUUCUGCCAUGGGUGGGGACAUCUUUUAUUACAUCAGGUUGCUCAAAGCUGUGUCCAACCGCAUCUUGAAUGUUUUCAGGGAUGGGGCAUCCACAACAGCUCUGGGAAGGCUGUUCCCAGUGUCUCAUCAUUCUUAUCAUAAAAAAUUUCUUCUUUACGUUCAGUGUAAAUUUACCUUCUUAGUUUAAAACCAUUGCUCCUUGUCCUUUCAGACCUUUUACUUGCCCUGGUAAAAAAUCUCCAGUUUUCUUGUAAGUCCCUUUUAUGUAUUGAAAGGCCAUAAUAAGGUCUCUCCGGAGUCUUGUCUUCUCCAUGCUGAGCAACCCCAACUUUCACAGCUUGCCUUCAUAGGACAGUCAUCUAAGCCCUCUGAUCAUCUUCAUGGCCCUCCUCUGGGCAUGUUCCAACAGGUCCAUGUCUUUACAGUGCUGAGGACCCCAGACCUUGACUACUCCAGAAUCUCACGGGAGCAGAGUAGAGGGGUAGAAUCACCUCCCUUGCCCUGCUGACCACUCUUCUUUUAUAUAGACCAUCAUAGAACUGGCUUUCUGGGCUGCAAGCAGACAUGGCCAUCUCAUUUCCACUAUUUUGUCUACGGCUAUCUCGACGUCCUUCUUCAGAAAGCUGCUCAUAAUAAAUUCACCACCCAUUCAUUGUCUGCAUUGAUAUCGCGCAUUGCCUUGACCCAGGUGCAGGACCUCAAGCAUAUCACAUCUUAAUAGUGUAUUCCUUAAGGAAACUAGUGAUUCUCCAUUUGUUUCUAUCUUUAUCCUGCUUCUGUCUUUUUAUCCUGAAAGAACAUUGGGAAUUUAUCACGGUUCCAGAUAUGGACCUCUCAUAAAAGCAACUGACCUUUAAUUCGCUCUGUUUGAUUUCUCUCAGGAUGUAAUUCUUAAUACAUGUCAUUAAAAAAGACAGUAAAAUACAAAUACUAUUUAAUUAAAUGCUUGAGCAUAUCAGUCAUUUAAGAAAGAACUGAGAUCAGUGUCUUCAAAACCUUUAAAAUUAAAUCUAGUGAUGUAAAUAAGCACCUAGGCUAAGAAUUUCAAUUGGCAACUGAGUUCCUAAAUGCCAAUAGGUGUAAAUCACCUUAAUUCAGAAUAUAUAUUUUUUAAUCAAGAUAACUUUGAAUGUUAUGGAGCACUUUUUAUUGUCUGAAUUGUCAUUUGUGUUAGGAAUCAAAACACUUUUAAAGAGAAACCUUUAAACAUAAACUAUUCUUCUUCAUUACCAAAUGUCAGUAGUCACACUACAUUACUUUUUUGUUCUCCAGAUUAAACUUUCUGGCAAAACAAGGAAGUUUCACAUAAGAAAUAUGUAUUUGUCAGGUUGCUAUAGAAAGUGUUUUCUGUUUUACGUAUAGCAAUCCGAGCUUUUUUUAAUGUUGUGCACAUAUCUUUGAAAACCUAGCUAAGGAUUAAUAAACUGCACUUAACAAAAUUUUGUACGUUGAAGUCAGUUAGAAUUUGAUGGAUGAGGGCUUUUAAUCAGAAGUAAUAGUAAACAGAAAUGUUAAUGAAACAGAUUUUUUUCUGUAUGGUGGUGUAGUACAUGUCAGGCUUGCAAAUUGAAAUCCAAUUCCCUGUCCAGAAACACAGCUCAAGUCAAAAAGGAUGUGAUUAACAGCUGGAUGAGAAAACCCUCAUUUCCUGUCUUACUGCAAAAUGUAUCUGUGCUUUUUUCAGCUGUGAAGUCGCAGCUGUCCCCAGAGCUGGGGUGUGGGUAACUCAGCUGUAUGACUCAGACUCCCCCUUCAUUCAGUCCUGUAGCACUGACCACACAGAGGCGCUUUCUACCCUAAUUUGUCUUCUGUAUUGGCAGGUUUCUUAUGUAAUAAACUGUCCCCAGGUACUCUGUGGUUUGGUUGUUUUGUUGAGUAUUGUUACUCUUCCCUUUUUCUGUCCUUCAUGUUUUCACAGAGUAGUCCCAAGUUCUUAGUUCCUUUUCUUUCUUGUUUGGCUUUGGCAGGUGAGAAGCCAGGGACGGAGCAAGAUGAAGUUAAGCUGCAGAACGCCAGCAAGCAGAUUGUGCAGACUGCUAUCCUCCGAGCAGUGCAGCAAGUUUCCCAGGAGAGCCAGCAAAAGGAGAAGCGAACAAACAGUACAAGCCUCCAGCUAGAAAGAGGAAAACUAACCAAGAAGCAUGAAAAGAAGUAAGGGAGCAGAUUGGGUUUUUUCAGUCCUCCAGUCUGCAGAGUUUUCAGCCUUCUCUUUAGUAUCAGCUGUAUUGCCAGUGCAAUGCUACUGUUGUAAAGCAAACCAAAGUAUUAUCACACCUAGACAUAGGGUAAAACUGCAAUAGUCCUCAGCUGAGAAAUAUUAAGUGCAUUAGAUGAAUAACUCCAUACUUAUGCAGUGCCUCUUAACAGAAACAAUAACCAUAGUUAUAAAAGUAGUUUCAAGCACAAACUCUUAUGAUAUGAACUUAUUCUCAAAAGCUUGUUGUCAGAGCACUUUCAUGUUAAGUUCUGCGUGCAACAUUUAUGUCAGUUCAGCUGGAUGGACUCUUCUUUGAGCGAAUGGGUUCACUGAAGUUGUCUUUACCGAAGAAAUAGUUUACUGUCAAGUAUAGCAGAAUGAUUUCAGACUCCCUUGAAGCACGGGUUUGUACUUUGCUUUGAUUAGACAUGAGCUAUGUGAAAUGGAGUAUAAAGUGGAUUUGGCAAGUUCUGUGAGCCAAUUUCUUUUUUCAUCUUAGAAAAAAAAAGAGCAAUCCAGUAAGACUGCAGUAACUGUGAUCUAUUACUGUGAUCAUAUACCUAUGAUCUCUGUCUUUUUUUAAGAAAGUUAAAAUAAGUACUGAAGUUUUAGUCUACUUAUUUGAAAUACUUCUAUACUUCUGCAUAAAAAUCACUUGUGCCUCAACUAUUCCUUUUAAUUUUCUUGAUAUUGAAAGAAGAUAAAACUGAUGCAAUGAUAAGGAGUUCACCAAUAUAUUCUUCAGUUUUGCAGCUUUUCUGGGGCUUGAUUUACAAGACUGGAGUGUCUUAAAAAAGGGGUUGAAUUUAUUAAUAUCUUGAAGGAUGAAAAUAUACUGUGUCUGAAUUCUGUCAUGGUAGAUAUUUCUCACCUGCUGUGCGUAAAGUGACUUUAUAUAUUUGCAAUUGUAACAUAGAUUCACCUUAAAUAGCAUUGCAUUAAGCUGGUAAUACAGAGCUUACCCUUUAAGUGCUCUAUAUAGCUGAAGAAAUCCAUGAUGUUUCAGAAAAGACAAAUUAAAAAAAUGUUCCCUUCACUUUUAUGCUCCCUUUCUGUAAUGAUGAUUGCGCUAUUAUACGUCUGAAAUUAAUAACUGUGUAUUUAAUUCUAGAAAUGGCUUGUAGCUCUGCUUCAACUGAAUUCCUGUAGUAAUGCACCUAGAAAUAGAGAGAAGCAGAUGUUCUGCAAAACUGUGAACUAUUUUUCUACUCAGCUAGGUGGUUCUCAAAGCGGUUGUGGGUUAAGCAAUUGGCUAUUACUGUGUCCUGUUGCUUGUGUUAAACAAUUUUGGAUUCAUCAUGGCCAGAGGCUUAGCCAUUAAUAGCCACAUACUGUAAUAUUAAGUUUUUAAAUUUACUUGGUUUCUUUCUUUUUUUUUUUUAACUUAACAGCACUGACUCAUACAAGAUAAUAAUUUAGCUCAAUCUUCUUUCACUUAAAAAUUAAAAGAAGAAUUCAAUAUGAUUAAAGUUGUUCCAAAUCAUCUAAUAAUGAAAACUGACUCGGAUUCCAAGUACACAGAUGGUUCAGUUCUGUAGACACUGCGUGAAUGUUUUUAGCCAAGCAAACUGAAAGGUGAAAGUGAUUGGGUCUUGAGGCAUGUGUGGUUUUGUUUUAAUAGUAAUUGUUUUACCAUUGGCUUUUUCGUCAGUUCACCUUUGGUUGGGAGGUAACUCUUUUCUAAGCACUCUUUGCAUCUUUGCUUUCUGAGAGCCUAAGAAAACUGAUCAUGAGUAAAGGUUUAAUUCUGAGUCUGAUGAGCAGGCAAGUCCAGUGGAUGAGAGAGAGCAAACCUUUUGGAGAGACUCCGUGGUGCAAAACAGUGUUUGCCAUGGACUCACCUACAAUGCUGCAGGAAGGAGAGAUAUUGAACAUAUCAAUUUCUUUGAAAAUAUUCUACUCCUUUAAUGUUUUUUGUCACUAUAAAUUUGAAAUGUGUUUGUGUUGGGUUUUUUUUUUGUAUUCCUGGUAAUUAUGUUAAUAAUCUUCAUAUAAUUUUAAAACUUGUUUGUAUGUCAUGUUUUUUUUAAUUAAUCAUUUUAGAGAAAGAAUAAUUUCAAAAGCCAGUGAGUCCAGGCUUUUGCCACUGCUUUAUAUGACCCUAUUCCACUCCUGGUCCCGCUCCUCCCACUAUACUGUUAUAUAAUAUCUCUUUACUGUCCUAGUCCUUUCAGACACACUAUUACUCAACCAUUUAACAGUCAUGUCCACCACUGUCAGAGUACCGAUGCCAUCAGAAGUCUAAUAUCUUGGAAAACUAAAAAUGGUGGGAAGCCUAGCAAAGCCUUGAGGAAGUUUUCUGUAGUCUCCUAUUGCAGACAAACAAAUACUGCAUCUUAAGUAGUGUAGUUUUCCCUGAGAGCCAAAUGAUGUGUCUCCAAUCUAGAGUAUACAUCCCUAAGUUAGAGCAUGCAUUUAGUAUUUCCUGUUGACAACAGAUGUUCCGCACACCACUUACAUCCAGGAUAUGCAACUGAGGUUUGUACUACAUGAGAGAAAACUGCACAAAAGUAAACUUUACCCUUGGUUCAUUAUAUGCUUACUACAUGAUGAAAGCGGGUAUUUUUUGGUAUUAUCUUCACUCACAGAUUGUAUUUUCUGAAGAAAAUACAAGACUUUAGAAAUUAUUACAGAUGUGAUGUAGGUCUUUCUACAAAUAAAAAAGAACACCUAAAGAAACUCUUAAUACUUUACAUGUCUCUGGUUUUUCCUGUCAGAAGAGGGGAAGCAGUUUUCAGAUUCACUAGACAAGUCUCAUGAAGCAAACUGUGCUCAUGAGAUUUGUAGUAAUGAAUGCAUUAUUCAGCACAGUAAUUCAUAUCUUAGAAGUACAAGACAAUCAAAAUGGUAUCUAUAGGUAUUUAAAACAAACUCACCACAUUUUAGCACUUACAGUGGUAAGUAGAGGGUUGUACAACUAUGUGAAAUUGUAUUUAUCACAACUCCAAAAGAACAGAACAGUCAUGUGUCUGUGGCAAUCCUGCACUACACUUGCUAUGUUUUCAGUCAGUUUGAUUAUCCGAAUUUUAUUACCAUACUUGUGCUAUUCUUUGUAAGGGUAAUCAAACAGCAAUGCUUAAAUGGAAAUUCGCAUGGUCAUAGCAGAAUGUUGUAAGAGAUUACUAAAUGCCACUGUACAUUGGUGGUUUGGUUUUGGUUUUUGGUUCUGUGUGGUUACAUUGGAAAUUCCUUGCUCUAAAAUAAAUAAAACCAACAACUGUGACUUGGAAACAGCCAUAUUAAUUUUAUCAUUUCAGAAAAAUAAAAGCAUUUUGUGAUAAUAUUA